AUGAAAUGCUUUUGCAAAAAUAAACCUAAAGACUUAAUAAUAUCAAUUAAAGAUGAUAAUGUUAUCUUUUAAACUUGUAAUUAUUGAAUAUUUCAUGGAUAGGCAAUAACACUUAAAAUGUUAUCCAUAAAUUUCAAGGUUUUUAUGAUUUUAGCGAUAGUAGUGAUAAUGAUAAUUAAAUAAUUCGAUUAAUGUCUUAGAUAUCAAAUAAGAACUUUGAUAAGAAUUCUAUCAAAUAAAUCAUUGAGAUAAAUACUAAUUGUUCAAAUGUAUUUAUGGUUCUCAAGUUAGCAUUCUAAAAUUUAUAUUAAUAAUGAAACCAAUAUUUAACUUGUGAGUUCAUCAUAGUCCACAUCAACAAGUAGUCCAACAUUAAGGGAACCUAAAAAAAAGAAAAAGUAAAAACCAAAAAACAAAGAAAUUAAGCCAAAAUCUGAAGUUGAUAAACCACAAUAAAUUUCUGAUUCAAAAAAUUAAAGUAAAGUUUGUUCUUUAGGGAAUGAGGAUAUAAGAAUAUUUGAAGAAAAGAUAAAAUAAUAUACAUCUGAAAUAGAUGAUUCCUAAAAAAUAGUCUUAAAUCUUCCAUUAGAAUGGAUUAAAAAAUUUGGAGUUCAAAAAAAAAAGAAAUGA